CUGCUGCUGCCGCAGCCGCUCUGGCCCCUGCCGCCGCCGGGUUCCUGCAGCCGCUCGCAGGCGCUGUGGGGGGCUCGGGGCCGCGGCGCGGCGCGGGGCGCGGCGGGGCAGGCGGGACCAGGCAGGCUGGAUCAGUAUUUUCCUGGUAUUUAAAGAGGUCUGAGAGCCUCCCAGUUGGAAUACACCUAAGCUGGAUUCAAGAUCACAAAGUUUCAAAUGUGUGGAAGAAACUGGUUUUGAAGACAAUAGCUGAAUAGUGUGAGAACUUCACCCAGGCCUUGUAAGCAGCAGAGAGAUUGGAACUUCUGUUUACUCUUUCAUACACCCUCUGUUUCUUAUGCACUCCAGCACCCCUAUUAGUUCUCUGUUCUCCUUCACCAGCCCAGCAGUAAAGAGACUGCUGGGCUGGAAGCAAGGAGAUGAAGAAGAGAAGUGGGCAGAAAAGGCUGUGGAUUCCUUAGUGAAGAAAUUAAAGAAGAAAAAAGGUGCCAUGGAAGAACUUGAGAGGGCACUGAGCUGUCCUGGCCAGCCUAGUAAGUGUGUCACAAUUCCACGCUCCUUGGAUGGGAGGCUGCAAGUGUCACAUCGUAAGGGGCUGCCCCACGUUAUUUACUGCAGAGUGUGGCGUUGGCCUGAUUUACAGUCUCACCAUGAGUUGAAACCACUGGAAUGUUGUGAGUUCCCAUUUGGCUCAAAACAGAAAGAAGUGUGCAUUAACCCAUACCAUUACCGACGGGUGGAAACCCCAGUGUUGCCUCCAGUACUUGUUCCAAGGCACAGUGAGUUUAACCCGCAUCUCAGCCUCCUUGCCAAGUUCCGAAAUGCUUCCCUCCACAGCGAGCCCCUGAUGCCACAUAAUGCCACUUACCCUGAUUCUUUCCAGCAUCCUCCCUGCACCCCUUAUCCAUCAUCACCUAGCAACAUCUUCUCUCAGUCACCUAGCAGCAUCAGCUACCCUAAUUCCCCAGGAAGUUCUUCUGGACCUGGAAGUCCAUAUCAGAUCACAGUUGAAACACCACCUCCCCCUUACCAUGCAAGAGAAAUGGCAAACCAAAAUGGACGAUCAAUGGAUCCAGCAACCAACAGUCAGCUAAUGCUGUCGUUGCCCAAUGGAGGUAAAUCUGCCGAUGAAGAAACUGAAAACUUCCGGCCUGUAUGCUAUGAGGAACCCCAGCACUGGUGCUCAGUUGCCUACUAUGAACUCAACAACCGAGUAGGAGAGACUUUCCAGGCUUCCUCUCGGAGCAUUCUUAUUGAUGGAUUCACAGACCCUUCAAAUAACAGAAACAGAUUCUGUCUGGGACUGCUCUCUAAUGUAAACCGGAACUCUACAAUAGAAAACACCAGGAGACACAUAGGAAAGGGUGUCCACCUCUAUUAUGUUGGCGGGGAGGUUUAUGCAGAAUGCGUGAGCGACAGUAGCAUUUUUGUACAGAGCCGCAACUGUAACUAUCAGCAUGGAUUCCACCCAGCUACUGUGUGCAAGAUCCCCAGUGGCUGCAGCCUCAAGAUUUUCAACAACCAGCUCUUUGCUCAGUUGCUUGCCCAGUCAGUCAACCAUGGCUUUGAGGUGGUGUAUGAGCUGACCAAGAUGUGCACUAUCCGGAUGAGCUUUGUUAAAGGCUGGGGAGCAGAAUAUCAUCGCCAGGAUGUUACAAGCACUCCCUGCUGGAUUGAGAUCCAUCUGCAUGGACCAUUGCAAUGGCUGGAUAAGGUGCUAACACAGAUGGGCUCACCUCAUAACCCUAUCUCCUCAGUCUCUUAAGAGUCAUCUCUCGAGUUACCUUUAGGAUGGAUGCUAUUGCAGGCAGUGGCUUAUAGAAUUUCCAGUUUGCAAUGAAGAGAAGUUUCUAUACCUAGAUGUAAAUAUAUAUAUACACACACACACACACACACACUUAAGUCUACCACCCCUAUUUUUUUCAUGAGAUGUUUUGUGGUUUCUAGUUGUAUGAUGUCAGUAUGACAUGGUUAGAACUUCAGCCUUAGCAUGUCAGUUCUUUAGUACAAAAUAAGCCAAAUCCCUGCAAAGUGUCAUACAUUUCCUGGUGAGCCUCUUGACGAUCCACACAAAUCACUGAGGGGUGAGAAUUCUUUUAAAAUGGAUAAAACACCUGACUUUAGCUGUUCAUAGCAGGUGAAAUUCACCCCUGUGCACAGGACCAAAACCAGAUUUCUGCACUGCUUAAGUCCAUUGUAACUGCAGUUCCAAAGGCUUAAGGGGGACCUUAAAAUGGUACCCAAAAUGGUACCCAGGACUCAUGCACAUGGAUGUUUCAUCCAGUGAAUUAAAGAAUAAACACCAAUCCAGUCUGUCUCCCUAGACAGCAGCUGAUUUGUCUCCAUCGCCCUUUGAUUUCAGUGGGAGUUGAUGUUUUCAGUUGAUGCAUUCAGCACUGGAGCCCUAUCAUAGUAUUCUAAACUAAUCCAAGUAUUCUGAUGCUGGUGACACAGUAGCAUAUGGUACUGAUGCACUGAGAAACAAAAAACAACUCAUUUAAAAAAGAAAAUCAGAAUCUAUGCAUAUAUAUUUAAAAAGGAGCUAGCUUCCAGUACUUUUUACAAAAUAAAUAAGUGCAUAUCCGGCAUGUAAACUGAAUCCUAUCCAUUAUACAGGAUUGAUGUAUUUUUGUUUUUAAGUUAGAACUAUCUGUAGUAAGAGUACUGUGCUGGUAUCAAUGGUACAACUUAAAAGGACUUGAACUGUGAUUCAGAGAAGGGAAAUGAAAUAUAAAUUGAAGAAUUGCAUAACUAGCUUACCAUUCACCUUGGGAGUGUAGGUACAUAGCAAAAUUGGGACCAGUAAACAUUAUUCAACUAGUGCUCAGAAGGAGUACUUUAAAAGUGCUCUGCAGCCAUGCACCUCUGUAAGGGCACAGCUACAGAGCACUUUCAGGGGGGCGAUAGCAUGACAAAAUGUCACUUCUGUCAGCACCCUAGCUUCCUAAACCAGGGAGUAUGGAUUUGAGGUCCCAUCUGGGGUGAAAUGGUACUUUCUUGCUGAUACAUUUGCAACCAAAGCCCUACUUUGAAGUUAUGGAAUUUCAGCUGAUAAGAGGAAGACCCCUAGGAGGGGUGUUAUUCUCUAGAAUGUAUUACUUAGAUUAGAAGACCUCUAGUAGAGUUUAGACAAAUAUUUGUCAGGGAUGGAUUAGAUGGAAUUGAUCUUACCUGUAGCCCACACUUCUAAGAAUGAAGCACUGGGCAAGCUCUUUUUAUAAGCUUCCUGUCCACAUGCUGUCUAUGCAGAUGGGACAAACCAAAGCCAACAUUCAGAUAUAUAUAUAUAUGGAACUACCCUAGGGUGAUUAACUUUUUCUAAUGAACAAGUAAGACAGCAUCACAUUUUCAUUAUUCUCCACAGCAUACUUAAAGGACUGUGGAUAUAUGUGUAUGUUUGGCUAUAAGAACUGCAAGCUACCUUGAACCGUACUGCUUAAUGGGACAAAAGAGCAAUAACUUCAUAGCUCCUGGUAUUUAUUCUGACAGAACGGAAACUUUUAAACAGAUCACUAUCCCUGUCUUGUGACACAGUAUCUAGAGUUAAGCACUUCAAUGUCUAAUUAUAAAAAAGAGAAGAUUUCUGAAGCCUUUGGGUACCUUACAUAUAAAAGCCAAACACAACAACCAUUAAACUGUGUGUACACCUUCUAAAAGUGCAGUACCUAUUACAAAGUGAUAAUUAUGGAUGUACCAGAAAAAAAUGUCAGUAAACCAGCAGGGUGACUUCCUCUGAAUAUAGCUUCAACAGUUUCCAACGUUGUUAGUGCACAGAAUGAUAAACAAUCAUUAAAUCAUAACAAGGUUGGCAAGUUUUAUGGGAGAUGUGUAUAGGGGAAGUUAUUCCCAUAUAUUCUGAUCCUUAUUCUGUUACCACUUAGCAUCAGCAAUGUCAUCAGAUAGGAAAGGCUUUACAGUUUUACACAGCAAUGAAAUCAGGAAAUAUUGUUACACCAAAACUCUAAACUGCUAUUUACUGGGCGCGUCUACAUGUGUGCCUGACUGUGCAAUCGUUAGUGCACGGUCCUGGCACAGCACAGGUCGUUUCCGAUGCUACUGCACAGUAGCUCUUUGUUACUGUGCUGUAGUGGCAGCAUCAUGGUUCAUGCCCGCCGAUGCAACCUCGCCGUAGCAAUGAGCUACAUUGCUGUAGCUCAUCGCUAUGGCAGUGUAGGGAUUCAUGUAUGCACCCACUGUUCUUCAGGCUUGAGGGAAUUUGGUUUGAAAAGACAUUUUCCUCAGUUCUCUAAUCUUCCUCCAUGCAUACUAUUCCCUGUGUCAUCAACGUCACUUUACCAGGGCAGUUGAGAUGUGGCUUUUAACAUGCUUAUUGCUCAGAUUCUAUUCCAGUUUUUCUGUGUUUUUCUGAUGGCACUUGUCUCUGUCUUCCUGGCAGUUGAGAACUGAGGUUGCCAAGCCCAUCUUCCCAGGAUCUAGGUAGUUUCUUACACUCUGUAUCAGGACUCUUUCAUUCCUUGCAAGUAGCAUUUUUUAAUACUAGAUCUUUUUGCACCCUCCAGAUAAGGAGACAGGCAUUUUGACUUCUUCCUACCCUUCUCCAUGCUUGCAUAAGUAAACAGCAGGGACUGCUUAUGAAUGUCCUCAGCUGCUUCCUCUUUUACUCAGAGAUCAAACAUGUCUCUUCCAAUGUAUGCUUGGUCUUGGUCAGCUCCAGUGCCCAGUCUUCUGAUGAUGGUACAACAGAAAGACAACAGGGCUGCCCAGUCCUUUUCUAAAGCAUGUCCUGUUCUGUAGGGGUUUUGUGUGGAACGUCUAUUAAGCAAGGCCAAAAGUCCUACUGACCCUAACAGCCCGAAAGGAAGACAUUGGCUCAGAUGCACCAUUUUAUGUAGCCAGUGGCACACAAAUGAGCCAUGCGACUCUCAGCCAUCUUUGACUUCCAAACCUGAAUGGCCAAGUCCUCACUUACAGCUGGGUUAACAUUUGCUGUGAGUCUAGAUCAGUGACCCUCAACCUUUUAAAGACUCAAGGUAUCCAUGUUAGACUUAAGGCACCCCUUGAAAAAUGCCCGCUCUUCAGGUGUGUACAAGUGUUACAUUUCUAUUGGGAGAAUCCUGCAGUUCUCACAGUAGAAGCCCUAACAGUUUGGUAGAGUUUCUGCUGGGAUAACAAACACAUGUACACUUACCCUUUAUACUUGUUUUUUUUACUACAGAAACAUACUAUAGAAAUUCUUCUGUUGCAGAGAGCUCAAAAAGACCACAACAGAUCAAGCAUACAGAGGAUGAUAGGCCCUUCCUCCCAAAUGCUUACAAUGUAAAAAGUAGCAACAGGUGGCUGAGGGAAACAAACAAAUCAUAGGCUCAUCAGUGCUUAAAUAGGAUGACAGGUAUGAAAGAUGAAUAAACCAUUUAGAAUAAUGCCUCUGCUGCAGGUCUUAUUACUAUGUGACUCAGCCUCAUUUAAGGAUUUACAGGUUUUACAUAAUUUAGGACAAGAUAAUUCUGUAUCUCACUGUAUUGUAUAUCCAUUUUAAAAGGUGGCAUUUUCUGCUCAAAGCUAUCAGCCAGUAUUCAAUUUAGUGCCUUUAAAUGUAUUCAUAAAUACUCCAGCUUUCGAGAUGGCCUGCCCAAGAGAUUUAAAAGCCACUUAUGAGGCUACUACUUAGUGAAGACAGAUUUUUCUGAUGCUUUUUAAGCCUCUCCAUCAAACUAUGCUUAAAGGUUGCCAUAGAGAAGUAGCACCAUGUAUUAGAAGAGAGUUAUGAGAGUUUUAUUAGCCUGUAGCAUAAAGAACAUUCAUCAUGGUGCUCAGACCACUUAUUUUCCUAUUAAGACAUCUGGGUAAGAAGAUUGUUAUAGUUUUAUGAUUGUUUAAUUGCUACCAGUACAUCAGCACUGCCAGUAUUAAUAUGUCAUCUCCAUUCAGAGCUUAUUGUGGCAAACCUGGCUGACACCAUGAGACCACUUCAGUUGUCUCUUUCCUCCCAGCUGCAAGGCUAAAGUUCCAUUGUAUAACUUCCUUUGAUUCUUAAUAUCCCUUAGCCCAGUCUCAUGUCACAUUAGAGGAGCAUCUAUAGUACAUCAUGUAUGUUUGUUGAGGAAGCUAAGACGUUUCAUUUUAAAUAGAAAGGGAAGGGAGGGCUGCUAUAAAAGGGGAGAUCUCCAUGUUCACAAGUUGCUAUGUGUCCCCUUCUGUGCCUGGAUCACAUAAGAUAUGUGUCUGCAACAGACAGGGGAUUAACAGCCGACUACCCACUGUCAUCAAUGAGAUUUUUCACCAUAUUCCCCAGCUGUAAGGAUUUGUGCAUUUAGCUCUGCAGUUUCACUCCCCUGGUGAUGAUUAAAAUGACAGCUGAUACAUUAUCAGAGACAUCUCUUUCUUUUAAUAUGAGGUAGUUUGUUUUCUACAGCAUUUGGCACUAGAGCAUAAACACCACAUUAGCAUCAGUGGGCUGCCACUACUUCUGGAUGGCAAGGGAGGUAUUUGCGAUUGUACCUUUGUCUACUGUGACCCUGCUCAUCCUGGUUUACAGCAGUCACCUUCUGUUUCUAAAGCUAUGAUCAUCAGGAAGCACCACUAUUUACAGCCUGGAGGGAUGGAGAACCCCUUGGAUUUAUAGUGACGACAAUGUGGGCACAUCUUCAUGUGCACUUUAAUGUGUAUUAUCCUGUUUUUAAUGCUUGUUAAAAGGUCACAAAAACUGUGGUCUUUAGCUAAUGUGCAUUAAAAUAGGCUAAUGUGCCUUUUUCUAGUACCUCACAAUGGAAGUUUACCUGUAGUGCAUUAAUGAACAUGUAGACAUGCUCAGUGUUUGUUUCUUGGCUGAAACCUGGCCAUAUUUACUGAACUUUGAGUAGCUCUUAUGAGUAUAAGUCAUGCUCUUGACUCAUGAUUAGGUAGCAGUGGCCUUCAGGAAUGCUUACGUGUUGCAUCUUUUUGUCCUACUUAUUUCUGUCUCCCAUUAUCCAUCCUGGUAAAAGCAGAAGUAGAAUAAAAAUUGUGGAGUCCUAGGGUAAAUUCAUAAUAGAGCUGUCAUUAUAGUGUCAUUUUCAAAGUUGAGAAAUGUAUACUGUUGCCAUUGCCUGGGAGUCCAUCCAAGAUAACAUCUCCCAUGUCCUCUGGGCAGGGGAGGUUCUGAGACAGACUUCACUUCAAGUAGACCAUUCUGGGAGGUGAUGUGAGGGACAUGACAGGGGUCCAUGGAGAGCCACAGCUUUCUCAAAUUCAUAGUUGGCUUCUGUGGCCAGAAGUCUGCUAAGAGGUACAGAGAGUAGAGCUGUAGUCGAGGAACAGAGGCAUUUCAAGGACAACUCCAGGGGCACCAAGGGUGGCAUACAUGCUGGGCAGGAUUCUUCAUGUAUUCUGGCCAAUCUGGCUGACCACUACAAAAUCAUGACCUAUAGCCUGUACUGGAGCAAACCCCUUGCUUUUUGGGAGUUGUGUCAGGCAGCGUACAGCCCAAUUCCUUCCUUAUGGGGUAUCAUGGGACAUCCCUGCACUGCCUUUAAUCUAGUAAAUUGGCAAAAUUAGCAAGGGCUUCUCUAGACCAGCAGGUUCAAUCUCUGGCCCACAAGCCAGAUCUGGCCUGUGAAGUUGUCACCUGGUGCAUGGGGUUCCCCAUAAGUGUGAAAAUACGGCAGCAGGAGAGCAGCAGCAGUGUUAAUUUCCACUCCCCUGCUGCCAAAUUUCCUCACCUGUGGGGAGCCCGACAGACUGGAUAUUGAGGCUUUGUAUUCCAGACCAUGCCGGUCCUGGGCCAGUGCACAGGGUUGCUUCAAGGCUGGAUCCAACAUGUGCAGGGCAGGGCCGGUGUGCAGGAUCACACUUGCAGACUGACCUCAUGCAGGAUCCAGUCCAUGAAUCAACUCUGUGGCACUCAUCCAGCUCUGGGGACAUAAGGCUGGACACCACUGCUCUAGAGGGUUCACAUUCAUAGCAAGAAAUAAAAAUGUUAACAUGAACAUAUGUCCUCCCCAGCCUGAGCUUCAAAAAGCAUCAUAGCUAGGAAUCUACUCAGUUUGUAAUUUCACAAUUUUCACAGAAACCGUGAAAAGCAGUUUCUAUGAGCACUGUGAAAACUAGUGAUUGUGCAUGGAAUCACCAAAAAAAACUUCCUAAAAAUAAAAUGCUGGUCCCCAGUGGAAGCCAGGAGCCGUUGCAGCCCAGCCAUGCAGCCACCAAGGGUUGGGGGGAAAGCCACAGGCACAAAGAAGAAUAGUAAAGAUGGUGACCGCCCCUCCUCCCUCUACUGCUGAUUGGCCAAGAGGGUUGCCUUUUGUGUGGCUCUGCCCCUCUCCACCAAUCAGCGGUGAGGGGCGAGGACACAUGAAGGUAGGUCAUCUCCGCCAAUCAGUGGUGAGGGGCAGGACCACAUAAAAGGCAGCCAUCUCCAUGGUUUUAAUCAUUUUUGCCUCCCUGCUGGCCAGCAGCAAGCAGAAGAGCCACCGGGGCCCAGUGGCCAGUCAGCGGUGGGAAGGCAAAAACAGUGCCAUGUUUAAAACCAUGGUUUUCACUUCCCUGCCAAUCAGGAGUGAGCCACAAACAGGGCUGCCCCCACCAAUCAGCAGCAGGGAGGGCACGUGAGGGAAUCUGCAUGAUUAAAGGAUCUGCAGCGCAGUCCACUUCUGCCAUGAAUUUGGUAGGGUCCUAAUUAUUAUACUUGAGGUACCCCUCAGAAAAUGGUAGCUCUUAGUUUUCACUUUCUGACUACAGAAAAAUAAUAGAGCAGUUUGCUGUUGUAAAGGACUUGGACCACAAUAGGUCAAAAUGUCUUUAACACUAUGAAUUUCCUUUUGAAAUCUCUGGGUUUAUCCUGUGAAUCAUGUUUGCACACCAACAGUGCUAACUUUGUGGCCCCCUCCAAUACCCUUGAAAGGAUCUCCAGGCACCCCAGGGUGCUGUGGGCCCUCUGGUUGAGAAUCACUGUCCUAGCCCUUCCCUCUGAGUCCCACUAUAAGGAGAAAAGCCUGAGUAGCAAUAACUCCCUGUUCACUAGGGAUCAGCUCAGCCCCAGCACCACUGAUAGAGACGUACUGUUUCCUCCCUCGCCUUGCUUCUGAACAGAAUAAAAUACAACUUUUAUUUUAGAACUAAUCAUCUAUGUAAGUAAGGUCCAGUUCUUUCUCCAGUGGUUGGUUGUGUGUUUUUUUUUUAAUCACACUGUCUCCCUUGGAAUCAUUGUGCUUCCAUUGUAGCCAAACUGAAUACUUGUAGCUAAUUGUGAACAGUUUUCUGAUGAGCAGUCUUAGUUUUCAGUCUGCUGCUGUUUUAUAUUCUGAGUUAGUCCUGAAACAAUGAGACAUAAGAAUAGCACAAGAAAAAUAAACCCAUCAGUUAAAUAGCUUUACAUAUUCAACUCGCAUAACUUGAAACUCAUAGAAGUUUUAUUGAGCCUGACCCUUGCAAAGAAAUUAUCGUGUUAUUGAUAUCAAGAUGUUUCGAUGUUAGAGUGUGUGGUAGAAUCUCAUCAAGACACAUUGCAAAUUAGCAAGCAAGGGAACAAACAUAAUGAAGAGCAAGGAUAAAACAUCACUCAACAAAGCUCUUUCUUUGUUUCUCUUAGCAAUUGUUCAGUUUUAAUUACUUACAAGAUUUUCUAAAGACCAUGGAAGUACACCGUGCUAUAUUAUAAGGAUAACUCAAGGAUAGCCAUUCAAGACCUCAUAACAGCACCAUCUCCACCAUUUAAAUUGGGCCAAAGUUGGGGAAGACAUAUAUCGUGUGGGUUGUAAAGCAUGCAUAUGAAUGAAGGCCUGAUCUUGCAAAGAUUUAGGUUCCUCAGAGGCCCAGGUGCAGAUUGCAAAGGUUCGAAUUCUGUUUGUUUGUUCACCUAUAAGCUACCAUGUCCCUUGUUCCAGCUGAGGGGAAAAACAGGUACCAAAUGGAAUAGAUAUAAAAGUGUACAAUAGUAAAAUACACCAUUGCUUUCCAUGUCAACUUCUGUGUUUUCUUCCACCAUCACAGCCUGGUACAGCCAAGGCUAAAUUGCUGCUUCAUCCAGGAAAAAGGAUUAAGUGUUGUUCUUAGGCAGACACUAUUGGCAUUUCAUAGUGCCACGUGUACUCUUGCCUCUUGAGACUAAAACAUCUUAGACACCCUCUUAUGAGUCUGAGAGCCCAGAGCAGCUCUACAUCCUCCAACCAGCAACACAGAGCACUACAACAUGUCAAUUCGGGCUUGCCAUCUCAUCAGGAAACAUGUUAAGCUUGUAUGCAGUCAAGUAGACAUUUUCCAAAGUAUUUGUCUUGUUGGGCCUGCUGAGGCUCCCUGAGUAUUUAGUCUCACAUUUGAAUAAUACACUUUUUAAUGAACUCUAUCAAACUCUUACUUUCUUUGGCUGGAAUUAUCCUACUGUAAAAGCGAUUCAUGUCUUGUGCUUACCACUAAUAAAGUCACUUACCAAUUGAGAGCA